AUGGCAGGUGGGGGCAAAGCAGAUUCUCGUUCCUUAGAACAAACACCCACCUGGGCUGUGGCAAUUGUUUGCUUGGGCUUUGUACUUAUUUCAAUACUGAUUGAACAAGCUAUUCAUUUCCUUUCCAAGUGGCUCAAGAAACGCAAAAAGAAAUCCCUGGGCAAAGCAUUAGAUAAGAUCAAAGAAGAAUUGAUGCUGUUGGGAUUUAUCUCCCUUCUGCUUACUGUUGGGCAGAAACCAAUUUCAGAGAUUUGUAUAUCAAAGGGCUUAGGAGAUUCAUUGCUUCCCUACUCAAAGGAGAAGGUUUUAGCAGAGCAUGUUUUUGACCAGAUUGGAAAGUUCUUAAUACCUGGGCAACAUCGUAAGCUUCUGUUCUUAGAAGCUUCUGAAACACCAUUAAAGCGUAGCUUGGCCACAGAGGAGCCAGUGACUGGUCAUUGUGCUAAAAGAGGGAAGGUUCCUCUGAUAUCACAAGAUGGACUCCAUCAACUGCACAUCUUCAUUUUUGUAUUGGUUGUUUCUCAUGUCUUAUCUUGCAUUGCAAUCAUGACAUUAGGAUGGGCAAAGGUGAAGAAAUGGAAAUCAUGGGAGGAAGAGACUAAAACGUUGGAUUAUGAAGUUUCAAAUGACCCUUUGAGGUUCAGAAUUACUCGUGAAACUACUUUUGGAAGGAGGCAUAUGAGCUUUUGGUCCACAACACCAAUUCUCACCUGGAUUGUGUGCUUUUUUAGACAAUUUGUGAGAUCUGUACCCAAAGUGGAUUACUUAACAUUGCGUCAUGGCUUUAUACUUGCUCACUUUGCUCCACACAGUAAAUUUGAUUUUCAAAGAUAUAUAAAGAGAUCUUUGGACAAUGACUUUAGCGUUGUUGUAUCUAUCAGUCCACAUCUAUGGUUUUAUGUCAUCUUAUUUUUACUUCUCAAUAGACAUGGAUGGUUCACCCUCUUUUGGCUGUCUUUUAUUCCAUUGAUUGUAAUUCUGCUAGUGGGUACAAAGCUGCAAGUUAUAAUAACAAAAAUGGCGUUAGAUAUCCAAGAUAGAAAUCCUGUUGUGCAAGGAGCUCCAGUGGUGAAGCCCAAUGAUCAACUCUUUUGGUUUGGUCGACCCCAGAUGAUUCUCUAUCUUAUUCAUUUCACCUUAUUUCAGAGCGCUUUCCAAAUGGCUUUUUUCUUUUGGGCAUGGUAUGAAUAUGGUCUGAAAUCCUGCUUCCAUAAAAGGGUGCAAGAUAUUGUGGUUAGAAUAAGCUUGGGGUAA